AUGCUGCCAAGAAAAAGCAUGAUUCCCGAAGAGUUCGGGCUGCCCACGCUGGCCUCGCGCGCUCCCCGGAAACCGGUGUUCAGGGACCGCGUGAACAAGGCGCGCUUCAUUGCCAAGAGCGGUGCGUGCAACCUGGCGCACAAGAACAUCCGCGAGCAGGGCCGCUUCCUGCAGGACGUCUUCACCACGCUGGUGGACCUCAAGUGGCGCUUUACGAUUGUCAUCUUCACCAUGACCUUCCUGUGCAGUUGGCUGCUGUUCGCCAUGCUCUGGUGGCUCGUUGCCUUUGGGCAUGGAGACCUGGAUCACACCCGUAUGUCCGGCAUCGAGCAUUGUGUCACCAACGUCAAGUCCUUCACCUCAGCCUUCCUGUUCUCCAUAGAGGUGCAGGUGACUAUAGGCUUCGGUGGCCGCAUGAUUACUGAGCAGUGUCCGAUAGCUAUCACAGUGCUGAUCAUGCAGAACAUCGCUGGGCUCAUCAUCAAUGCCGUAAUGUUGGGUUGCAUCUUCAUGAAGACAGCACAGUCGCACAGGCGUGCUGAGACACUCAUUUUCAGCCGGCAAGCUUGCAUCGCCGUGCGUAACAACCGCCUGUGCUUCAUGAUCCGCGUGGGUGACUUGCGCAAGAGCAUGAUCAUCAAUGCAGCUGUGCGCCUCCAGGUGGUGCGCAAGACCACCACACCUGAGGGUGAGGUCAUCCCUAUACAUCAGAUCGACAUCCAAAGUGAGAGUGCCGUGGCUAGCAACAGUAUUUUCCUCCUGGCUCCGCUCAUCAUCUGCCAUAUCAUUGAUAAAGACAGUCCCCUAUAUGACCUGUCAGCCAUGGAGCUGCAGUGCAGUGACCUGGAGGUGAUAGUCAUCCUUGAGGGCGUUGUAGAGACCACGGGAAUCACCACGCAGGCACGCACUUCUUAUGUGACCGAGGAGAUCCAGUGGGGCCACCGAUUCGUUCCUAUCGUGACUGAAGAGGAGGGGGUUUACUCGGUGGACUACUCUAAGUUUGGCAACACUGUGAAGAUUCCGACGCCAAGCUGCAGCGCUCGCGAGCUUGACGAGAAGCCGUCUAUCCUCAUACAGACCAUGCAGAAGAGCGAGCUUUCACACCAGAACUCUCUACGCAAGAGAAACUCUAUGCGCCGCAACAACUCCAUGCGCAAGAACAACUCCAUGCAGCGCAACAACUUGUCUCUAGCUGUACCCAAAGUGCAGUUCUUCACACCUGAAGGGGGGCAGAAUGUAGCCGUCACAUGACAAGAACAAGACCAUUGUUGGAAUAAUAAAAGGUUCAGGGAUGCUUUAUUCCUGUCUUGCUCCACUGGACCUUUUCUUAUAGUUCUGUCAAACUCUACCACAACUGUUGUAAAAGAGCAACAACUGGUUAUUUGCUUUCUUCCUUUCCUGGUUUACACAAAUAAAUUUAAAAUAUACUUAUUGAAAAAUAACAUAUGGUUAUGUAUUAAGAGUGACAACGAAAAAGUCAUUGGCUCUCACACUACAUGGCUAUUUAGUUUUAUUAGAGCACUAUUUCACUGUCCUGUAUUAUUAUUAUUAUUAUUAUUAUUAUUAUUAUUAUACUGUUAUUUUCGAACAAUUGGAAAUAAUAUUGUCAACAAUCAUGUACACACUUUAUUUGAGAAAUUGAAAUAAUGUUCUGUGCAUAAAUGAGACAUUUUAAAAUGCUCAAUAAAUCAGUUUGUCCUA